AUUUACUGGGAAAUAAAAAGAACGAAAGAAAGAAAAACCUAUAGUAUCUAAAUCCUCUCGUUGGCCCCUCAUCCGUUUCACUUCCUGAGAAGAGAAAACGAGAGAAGUCUACGAAACAAGCAUGAAAAUUCCUUCUACAAUUCUCCUUCUCGCGCUUCUAAUCGCCUCUUCUGUAAUUCACGUAAGAUCGGACGCCUCCGAUCACCGCUUCAAGGACGGCGAUUCUGUUCCCCUGUACGCCAAUAAGGUCGGCCCCUUUCACAACCCCAGUGAAACGUAUCGCUAUUUCGAUCUGCCCUUCUGUGUUCCAGAACACCUGAAAGAGAAAACAGAAGCUCUUGGUGAGGUGUUGAAUGGGGAUCGUUUAGUCAGUGCUCCCUACAAACUCAACUUUAGAGAUGAGAAGGACACAGCGGUUGUUUGUCAGAAGAAGCUUACAAAGGAAGAAGUUGCUCAGUUCCGAUCUGCAGUUGAGAAAGACUAUUACUUCCAGAUGUACUAUGAUGAUUUGCCAAUUUGGGGAUUCAUAGGAAAGGUUGACAAGGAAGGCAAAGCUGACCCAAGUGAAUACAAAUACUUCCUUUACAAGCAUAUCCAAUUUGAUGUUCUUUAUAAUAAGGACCGUGUGAUUGAAGUAAGUACCCGGAUGGAUCCUCAUUCACUGUUGGAUCUGACUGAGGACAAGGAAGUUGAUGCAGAGUUUCUUUAUACUGUGAAGUGGAAGGAAACAGAUACUCCCUUUGAGAAGAGAAUGGAGAAGUACUCCCUGUCUUCUUCGCUGCCACAUCACUUGGAAAUCCAUUGGUUCUCAAUUAUAAACUCUUGUGUGACAGUUCUCCUUUUGACUGGUUUUCUUGCUACAAUUCUCAUGCGGGUCUUGAAGAAUGAUUUCAUGAAGUAUGCACAAGAUGAGGAAGCUGCUGAUGACCAGGAAGAGACGGGAUGGAAGUACAUUCAUGGUGAUGUAUUUAGGUACCCAAAGUACAAAUCUUUGUUUGCUGCUGCUCUUGGUUCUGGCACCCAGUUGUUUACACUCACUGUAUUUAUUUUUAUGCUUGCCUUGGUUGGCGUAUUUUAUCCAUACAAUCGAGGAGCUCUAUUUACUGCACUGGUGGUUAUAUAUGCACUUACUUCUGGAAUUGCUGGAUAUACUGCAACCUCUUUCUAUUGUCAGCUGGAGGGAAAGAACUGGGUCAGGAACCUUUUGCUGACAGGAUGCCUUUUCUGUGGACCUCUGUUCCUCACAUUUUGCUUCCUGAACACUGUUGCCAUAAUUUACAGUGCAACUGCUGCAUUACCUUUUGGAACUAUUGUGGUAAUAGUCCUUAUAUGGACAUUGGUAACAUCUCCAUUACUUGUGUUGGGUGGUAUUGCUGGCAAAAAUAGCAAGGCUGAGUUUCAAGCCCCUUGUCGCACCACAAAAUAUCCUCGGGAGAUUCCAAUAUUGCCAUGGUACAGGAGUGCUUUUCCUCAGAUGGCAAUGGCAGGUUUUCUGCCUUUUAGUGCCAUCUACAUUGAGCUUUACUACAUAUUUGCCAGUGUUUGGGGUCACAGGAUUUACACCAUCUAUAGCAUUUUGUUUAUUGUCUUCAUUAUUCUUCUGAUUGUCACGGCUUUCAUAACUGUGGCCUUGACAUACUUCCAACUUGCUGCUGAAGAUCAUGAAUGGUGGUGGAGGUCUUUUCUGUGUGGUGGAUCAACUGGCCUAUUUAUCUAUGCUUACUGCCUGUAUUACUAUUAUGCACGCUCGGAUAUGUCUGGCUUCAUGCAAACCUCUUUCUUCUUUGGUUACAUGGCUUGCAUAUGCUAUGGCUUCUUUCUCAUGCUUGGAACUGUGGGUUUCCGUGCCUCCCUGCUCUUUGUUCGCCACAUAUACAGGUCGAUUAAGUGUGAGUAGUUGGUUGGCUCUUCCUCAUCUUCUUUCCAUUAAUUCUGUCAGAAAAAGAUCUGUUAUUUUUGUUAGAAGUUAGGCUGGAGACUGCAUUGGCCGUCAGAAGAUGUGUAGCUUCAGCCUUGGCCAUGCCUUAGAUCUCCUUUACUUGGUUUAGGUAUUUUUUAGCACCUUUCAUAGGGUUUAUUGACAUUCUGGGUAUAUGUAAUUAUCAUACAUAAAAUAUGAAAAUGGCUGUACUGUUGCAUAUACCUUUAGUUUAUAGAAGCCGCUUUUUUUUCCCCCCUA